CUCGUGGAUGCUGGCCCGUGCUUUUAACCAUCACCGGGGUCACAUGAGUGCACGAGGAGCCACACGCCACUCACCGAGGGGGCCACACAGGCCGCCAUCUACAGGUAAACCCAACAGACGUCCACCAAUCAAAGGCGCGCACAGGUCUCCGCCACGCCCUCUGCGCGCACCUGUUGACGGCGCGUACCUGUGAGGACGCACAGAGCGAACAGCACCGGUUUCGAGCUGAGAGUGACCCACGCCGGCCUCUGAUCAUCUGGACAUGAAUCCGUGCAGAAAUCCAUGAGUGAAGCUUUAGGAGAUCUGCGGAAGUUUGGAGUGUCAGGAUGAUGCGAUUCCUGUUGCUGUUCAGUCGUCAGGGAAAACUGCGUCUGCAGAAAUGGUUUACGGCUCUCAGCGAUCGAGACAAGAAGAAGAUCAUAAGAGACAUCACACAUCUAGUGCUGUCACGACCUCCCAAGGUCUGCAACUUCCUACAGUGGAGAGAUCUAAAGAUUGUGUAUCGGAGGUAUGCGAGUCUGUAUUUCUGUUGUGGUUUGGAGCAGGAGGACAAUGAGCUCAUCACGCUGGAGCUCCUGCACAGAUACGUCGAGCUGUUGGAUCAGUACUUUGGCAACGUGUGUGAAUUAGACAUCAUCUUUAACUUCGAGAAGGCGUAUUUUAUUCUGGAUGAGUUUGUCAUUGGUGGAGAGGUGCAGGAAACAUCCAAAGCGUCUGUGGCCAAAUCGCUAGAGGAGGCGGAUUCUCUUCAGGAGACAAUGGAGGAGUAUAUGAACAAACCCACAUACUGAAAACCACACCUUCACCUUCAGUCCAGAACAAGGACACUCAUGAUCAAUGUGAAUCUUUUUUUAAUGGACCGAAACAGCAAAACCUUCCGCUUUUACUGUUUUUAGGAAUAUUUAGGAUGCGUAUUUUGGCUAAAAUACUAGAGUGAUUGUAAUGGGGUAUAUGCACAUGGGGCGAUACGUACUUCUGAUAAAAUCGCAGCCAGCUAAGCCACUUUAGCUCUCAUAGCGCUGAGGUAGUUUUCCACCAAGCGAUAACAAAAAAAAACAUUCACAUUUCAGCUAACCGACAACACUACGGCUGAACAUUGCCACAUGCGUUUGUGAUCAAGCCUCGAGUAAGUACUGAAGUUUACUUCGCUUUUUUCAUAUUUGUAUAUGUAGCUUGAAACAGAUAGCCUGAAAGGGAUAUUUCACCCAAAAAUUAAAAUUAUAUGAUCAUUUACUCACCUUCCAGUUGUUCCAAAUCUUUAUAAAUUAAAUAUAAAAUAAAUAUAUAGAAAGAUAUUUGGAAAAAUGCUUAUAACCAGACAGAUUUUGCCCCCCAUUGACAAUCCUGAAAGUGGCACUUACCGGAGUAUGGAAAAUCAUGCACUAAAAAUAAUGCUUCAAAAUCUUUAAGAGAGACCUCACAUGGCUAUUUAAACCACCACAUUUUGACAUCUGUGCUUUUAGUAUAGUAAAAACAUUUGGUAUACAACUCAUUUGCAUGGAAUUGUUCAUGUGCAUUUUGAAGCGACUGAGUGAAAAACGUCAUUGCUUCCUAUGGACGCUACACGCGCCAGAUUUGACAGAGCUGGCUGAGAUUUAAGUGGAAGUACGUCAUCGCUCUGUGUGCAUACAGUAUACCCCAUUUCAACAAGUGGGACAUUGUCAACAUCAUUGUUGUUCCUUCACAACAUUUCUGACAGAUUGCAGGAUUUAAGAUUUUGUUUAGAUUUAGGAUUGGGUGAACAGUUUGUAUGUUGUUUUUAAUCACAUAUUAUUUCAUCUUAUUUGGCGGAUGAGUUCUAGUUAGGACAUGUGUACAUGGAUCAACAUUCCUGCCAAAGAAACAUCUCAUUUGGCAAAAUUACUGUGUUGAAAAGACUAAAACUGCUUUAUUUGAUCUUCUUAAUAAGAUAAGUGGUGAGAGAUCCACUCAAAAUACUUGUCAAGUAUUUGACUUUUAUGUGAUGUCAGGUCUGUUUUUUUUUCAAGCAGGCCCAGCUAAGUUUUUAAAUUAAAUUAUUUCAAAUCCGUAGAGUUGUAUUUAUUUAAAGUUUUUAUUUUUAUGUAUGACCGUAUGAAUGGAACUGGUCGAUGCAUGUCAUUGAGAAACUACA